UGCAGUAAAGAAAAGAAAAUUGCAGAAUGAUCUCUGCGAUACAUUCUCAGUAGGUUGCUGAAAAGUAUGAAGAAGAUAAUGGAAUAGUUUUGGAUAAGUUCUAGGGCUCUAGAUACUUCUGAACAACCUGGCUUUACACAACAAUAAUUCUGGUGAUGAUGAGUGGGGUAAUUGGGUUUGGAGUUAUUCUUUAGAAUAAUCAGAAACAAACAAGGAUCUAGUAUCGGUAAAAAGCUUCUUUAAGUUUAUCAAGGGGAGAACAAAAGGAAAUAGAUGGAGGCACAUGUUCUCCGUUCUUCUUCACUUUCUUGGUUCUAUCCUCCCUUUUUCUUCUCUUUUGUCUCCAUUCUAAUCUUCUUGUACUGAUCACUGUUCGGUGUCACAUGUUGGCUGCGAGGUUUUAAUUAUCCCUCUUUCAGGGACAGCUCUGAACUCGAUCCUGAUCUUCUAGAGAUGAACUAUAUGGUCGAAUCGACGAUGGAUGCUCUCGAAGGCGAAAAUGGGAUGGAAAAACCAACUUCUUCUAAGUCUGUUCUUGAGGUAUCGGUCUCGUUUGGAAGAUUUGAGAACGACUCUUUGUCUUGGGAGAGAUGGUCGUCUUUCUCGCCAAACAAGUACCUGGAAGAAGUUGAGAAGUGUUCCACCCCCGGAUCGGUUGCUCAGAAGAAGGCUUAUUUUGAAGCCCAUUACAAGAAGAUUGCUGCUCGAAGGGCUCAACUGCUUGAAGAGGAGAAGCAAAUGGAAGCUGAUAAACUGAGGUUACAUGAAGCAAGUAACGGAGAUCUAGUUGGUAAUGUCCAUGGGCAUAAUGCUGAGUUCGAUCCAUCGAACUUUGAGAGAACUACUGAAGCCACUGAGCUGGAGAGCAACUCAACCAGUGUUUCCUGUAUCACCAAUAUUGAGGAGCCAAACGAGAAUAAUACGGUCUCUGGAGAAUGCCAAGAGCCAAGUGAUGAGGAAGCUAUUAUGGAUGAGCCAAACAAGGUUGCUAGGGUUCCAGAGUCGAACAAGGAUGCUACCGUUGAGGUAGCGUGCCAAAUUUCAUUGGUUGAGGGAAUGGAAGAACUGAAAACCUCAGAGAGCCCGAAAUCGAACAAACGGGAGAUGGUUGAUUUAGUUAAAGAAGACAAUCGUUCUCCAGAAUUUCAGUCCCCAAUGGAAGUGCCACAACAGCCGGGUAAUGAGAAAAGUAACAUUCAAGAUAAAAAGGUUGAGGAUGCUAAAUUGAAGCCGCCGAAGGAAUCUCUUAAGGGAACUCCUGUCAUCAAACAUAAGAAUUUGGUAAGAGAAAGGAAAAAGCCAGCAACACCAAUACAGAUAUCACCACAAAUUUCUACCCCUAGGGUGUCUAAGUCUGCAUCAGCUACCACUGUGACAUCUGCUUCUCGGACUUCUGCAAGGAAGGCAAGCCGUUCGUCUUUACCAAAGAAACAGAAUCCUUCAACGGUGGAAAGCAAGAGAUCAACUCCCACACUGCACCUGUCUCUUAGUCUGGAACCCACAAAUUCUGAUUCUGCUACUCAUGCCACAACGAGAAGAUCUUUCAUAAUGGAAAAGAUGGGAGAUAAGGAAAUUGUUAAAAAAGCAUUUAAGACAUUUCAGAACAGUUUAAGCCAACAAAGAACUUCCAGUGAAGCAAGACCUUUGGCCCCCCAGCAGGUCUUGGUCAAGGGAACAGAACGAAAUAUGUCUGCUUCAAUGAAUCUGCGAAAGGAGAAGCAAAGUACCAGGAAGGGAGUGGAAAAGGGCAGAUAUCAAACAGAUCAAGUGGGUCCAAGACAGAACUUUGCUUCAGCAGGGGCUCUCAGAGCAGCUGGUGUUAGUCAGACAAGUGCUAAGUCUGUCCCAUCUUCUUCUUUUGGAUUGAGAAGUGAUGAGAGAGCAGAGAAACAAAAAGAGAAACUAGAGGAGAAGUCUAAUGCUAAGGAGGUGGAAACUAUGCGCCUGGGGUCAAAGACAAAGGUGAAGAAAGAAGCAGAGAUUAAAAAGCUGAGACAGAGUCUUAAUUUCAAAGCUACACCAAUGCCUGAUUCUUAUCGGACACAGGGGAUGUCAAAAACUCGUAUAGAUAAGGGAAGUCAAAAUCAUAAGAUUCGUCAUGGACCCGAGUCCACAGGUGAUACAAUUUCAUGAUAAUCUGCUAGACUGCUGUCGAGGAACCAGAAGAAAAUAUGCUAUUGUAUCAAAUGUAGAUCAGUUCGUCUUGAAAUAGGCACUGAGAUAAGUAACCGUGCCAGCAGCCAUUGAUGAGAGUAACAGCCUAGUAGGCUGGAUAAUAUGUAUAGUCUCAAUAGGCAGUUCACAUGGUUGAUCUUUUUCUGUUGUGGUGGAUUCUAGUAAUAGUUGAAAGAGAGCUCAGCCAGGUGUGUGUACUAUAGCUAGAGAAUCUAGUGGAACCCAAAACGGAAAGGCUUGUAUUGGCACAAGGUUUUCAAGUUUCCCGAAAUCUUUUUAUGCA